AUGACUGAGUAGAAAAAGGCAUAAUAAGAGUAGUAGCAAUCGUAUCUAUCCAAAUUGAAAUAAUUUGUGCCCUUCAUUGGAGGAUAAAAGGAGCAAUAAUACGGCAGAUUAGACAUGAAAGAUAAUGAUAAUGAUGAAGAGAGCCAGAGCUUAAUCACCAAUGUUAAGCAAGGGAUAUUUACUAAGACUCAGAACAUAAAAGAGAGCGUGACUCAAAAGAUAGACACUGGGUCUAACUACAAACUCUUUGCUAUUUUCUUCAUUGUAGGUCUGCUAUUCCUAUUCCUAUCACUUACUUUCCUCCCCUUGAUCCUAGUAGCUCCAAAUAAGUUCAAUCUGUUCUUCGGCCUUGGUUCCCUGUUUAUUCAGAUUUCACUUGCAUUCUAUCAUGGACCUCUCGCUUACAUGAAGAUUAUACUUAAAAAGGAAAAUAUAAUGAUCAGUUUGAUGUAUGUGGGCUCAGUACUACUAGCGAUCUACUCUUCUUUGAUCUGGGGAACUUAUAUCUCUGCCAUGCUCGUGGUAUUUUUACAGGUGUUCUCUCUGGGAUGGUUUGUAAUUUAGGCUUUCUAGGGAGGCUAAAAUGCAAGUCAGAAGCUACAGACUAUGGUAGUUGGAGGUCUUGUCAGCAAAGUGCUUUCAUCUAUUAGGCUAAGACCACAAUAACAAGACAAGGGACUGUUUGAUUUCUGA